AAAAGGAAAAAAAAAAGUGGUCAUUGAGCAGCUUGUACGCAGUCCCUAGUGUGUAUGAGAUCGUCUUUCUCUUUUGUCCCCUCGCUUUUCUCUCUCAUGACUCCUGGAAUCUCUCUCUAAACAUUUGACAAAAAUUCCUUAGCACAGAAAAUAUAGCAAAUUCUUUUACUCUUGAAAGAACUAAAGCAAGUACGGAUCAACUGUUAAACCUUCCUUUUGAUUUCAACAGAAUAGAUGCUGCAGUUUGAUUCAAUGGAAUGGAUAUGCAUCAAUGUUAGAUAGCUCAACAACACUGAAGAAAAUGACUGACCUAUCAUCUGGAUUGAUACUUGGUAUCUCUAUUGGAGUAGUGAUUGGUAUAUUUUUGGCAAUUCUUGCACUGUAUUGUGUUAGAUACCAAAGAAAGCGUGCACAGAUUGACAAUAGCAGUUCAAGGAGAUCGGCGACAAUUCCUAUUCGUGCGAAUGGCAUUGAUACUUGUACAGAGUUAUCGGACUCUACCCUUGGUGCGGAGUCUCCAAGGCGGUACAGGAAAAGUGUCAGUGGGAUGUCCUUGUGGCUUGAUGGCUUUAAGAAGAGUAAUGUUGUUUCUGCAUCUGGCAUACUUGAGUUCGCUUACAGGGAUUUGCAAAAAGCAACUCAGAAUUUCACAACAUUGGUUGGUCAGGGUGCAUUUGGACCUGUUUACAGAGCUCAGAUGUCAACUGGUGAAACAGUUGCUGUGAAGGUGCUAGCAACCGACUCAAAGCAAGGGGAGAGAGAAUUUGAAACAGAGGUUAAGCUGCUAGGAAGGUUGCAUCACAGAAACCUCUUGAAUUUGGUUGGAUAUUGUACAGAGAAGGGGAAAAAUAUGCUUAUAUACGCCUAUAUGAGCAAUGGAAAUCUAGCUUCCCAUUUAUACAAUGAGAAGAUGGAACCAUUGAGCUGGGAACGAAGGGUCCAUACAGCAUUGGAUGUCGCAAGAGGCUUGGAGUAUCUGCAUGAUGGGGCAGUUCCUCCUGUAAUACAUCGUGACAUUAAAUCUUCCAACAUUUUGUUGGACCAUUCAAUGAAAGCUAGGGUAGCCGAUUUUGGGCUUUCAAAGGAAGAAGUACUUGAUGGCCAGGCUUGCAAUUUAAAGGGAACUUUUGGCUAUCUUGAUCCUGAGUAUAUAUCCACAAGAACAUUCACAAAGAAAAGUGAUGUCUACAGUUAUGGGGUCUUGCUUUUCGAACUCAUUGCAGCAAGAAACCCCCUUCAAGGUCUCAUGGAAUAUGUGGAGCUGGCUGCAAUGAACACAGAGGGAGGUACUGGGUGGGAAGAAAUCGUUGAUUCACGUCUUGAUGGGAAGUUUGAUGUUUUGGAGCUAAAUGAGAUUGCAACCCUUGCUUACAAAUGUGUAAAUCGCAUCCCUAAAAAGAGGCCGUCUAUGAGAGACAUCGUUCAAGUAUUAUCUCGGAUUCUAAAAUCCCAGCAUAGUAAGAAACCUCAGGGGAGAACUCUAUCCGCCACACCGGAAGAGGUGGCUAUUGAUGUCGAUCAAGUAGAAGACCCAGCUUCAGAGAACGGACACAGGAGAGAAGAUUCAAUAAGCAGCAUGGAUACUGAUCUUUAAUGGCUGAUUCUUUAAACAUUCUUUAAUUUUUUUUGUUGCUGUUACGUUUCUCUUUGGUAUAUUUUUUUUUCUUCUUCUUUUUUCUUGGUGUAGAGGUUUCAGGUACAGCUUAUAGAAAAGUUAGGAUUUUAUUUGUUCUUUUCAGCUCAUUGUAAAAUAGGCCAUUGGUUUGCUCAAGAUAGUUUUCAUUUUGUUCAAUGCAGCUUAGUGUAAUCUUACCCUUUUCAGUUUUCGCUGCAAAUGACUACACAGGAUAACCAUGCAAUUUUGUUUGUA